UCUCUGGCCGGGUUUCGCUGACCCUGGUCCCUUGUUUCUGUGGGCUUGGCCCGGCUGCCCCUGGACAAGGAGGGCAGUCAUCGUGUGCUCCUGGGCCUACGCGGUUAGCGGGCUCGGUGCAUGGUCUGGCCGCAUUCCCUUCUCUCCCGGCCUCUCCUCCGGUCCAUCCGCUGUAAAAGGGUGCCUUGGAGAGGCAGAGGCCCCGGGACUCGGCCGGUGAAAACUAGGGGUUCAUCCCCACUUCGGGUUCGGAUGGGAGGUGGCGGGAAGAGCGACCUGGGAUGUUCAGUCUGAUGGCCAAUUGCUGCAAUUGGUUCAAGCGGUGGCGGGAGCCUGUCAGAAAGGUGACUCUUGUGAUGGUGGGACUUGAUAAUGCUGGUAAAACGGCAACUGCUAAGGGAAUCCAAGGAGAGUACCCUGAGGAUGUAGCUCCUACCGUCGGAUUUUCCAAAAUUGACCUUAGACAAGGAAAAUUUGAAAUCACCAUAUUUGACUUGGGUGGUGGAAAAAGAAUUCGAGGAAUUUGGAAGAAUUACUAUGCUGAGUCCUAUGGAGUAAUAUUUGUUGUGGAUUCUAGUGAUGAAGAGAGAAUGGAAGAGACAAGAGAGGCAAUGUCAGAAGUGCUAAGACAUCCUAGGAUCGCAGGAAAGCCCAUAUUGGUGUUGGCAAAUAAACAAGACAAGGAAGGGGCUUUAGGAGAAGCUGAUGUGAUAGAAUGUCUGUCUCUGGAAAAAUUGGUCAAUGAGCACAAGUGUCUUUGUCAAAUAGAACCUUGUUCAGCAGUCUUGGGGUAUGGAAAAAAAAUUGACAAGUCCAUUAAAAAAGGCCUUUACUGGCUGCUACAUAUCAUUGCAAGAGACUUUGAUGCCUUAAACGAACGCAUCCAAAAAGACACAGCAGAACAACGUGCUCUCGAGGAACAAGAGAAACGAGAAAGGGCCGAACGAGUGCGAAAAUUACGAGAAGAAAGAGAACAAAGAGAGCGAGAACAGGCUGAACUCGAUGGAACCAGUGGCCUAGCUGAGUUGGACCCAGAGCCAGUUAUUGUUAAUCCUUUCCAGCCGAUAGCAUCUGUAAUCAUUGAGAAUGAAAAGAAACUUGAAAAAGAGAAAAAGAAGCAAAAAAUGGAGAAAGAUAGUGAUGACUGCUCACUGAAACAUAAAACAGAACUUGAGCAAACAGAGACACAGAGCCAAAUGAGUGACAGUAGCCAACAAAAUAAUGAAUUCGGAAUAGUAGAAAAUUAUAAGGAAGCGUUAACAAAGCAACUGGAGAAUGAAGAUGAGACAGACCAGCCAUCAUCAGAAUCAGAUAACAGUAAAAAGAAAACUAAGAAACUAAGAAUGAAACGGAGCCAUAGGGUAGAACCUGUUAAUACAGAUGACACUGCUCCUAAGAGUCCCACGCCACCCCCACCUCCUCCUCCUGUUGGCUGGGGAACCCCCAAAGUUACUAGACUUCCAAAACUUGAACCUCUUGGUGAAACACGUCAUAAUGAUUUCUAUGGGAAGCCACUGCCUCCCCUGGCCGUGCGACAGAGACCCAAUGGCGAUGCUCAUGACUUGAUUUCAUAACUAAGUCAUGUGGAUGAGCUCUGUUCAUAUCAGCAGGUAAACUGGGACCUUUUCUUUUUCAAAGAAGAAAAACUCUAAACAUGGAUGACCACAUCAAGGUAAUCACAGCAAUUUCACUGGGGAGAUGAUAGCCAAGGACCUUCCUGAUCACCACUUGUCCGUGUUCUCCAUGGUUAAACAGAAAGGACACACGUGACCAGUAGGUGGCUGGGGCAUUUGGACUAAGCGGGUCCGUUUCGGUGAUGACUCUGUUUGCACAUCUCCUCUCAAGGGCAUGUUUCUAAAGGAAAACUUCUUCACAGAAAGAGCCAAUGGACUCUGCGUACUUUUUUUAUUCUUUGUUUAAUAGUCUUUAUUUCUU